AGGUAAACAAAACUCGUUUCGCGCGGGGCGUGUGACAUUUGAAUUGUAUUAGGCCUAUGUCUCGAAUCGUUUUGUCUCGAAUCGGCACCGACAGUGAAAGAGCGGCCGGUCAGUGAACGGCUCGUCAUUAUGGCCGCUCGGACCCUUCAGGAUCUGGUCUCCACCGCUGCCUCCCUACACCCUGACAGAGUGGCCGUGACAUAUGACAGCGGCUCCUCGUCUGGAAGCCCGCUGACUCUGAAAUUCAGAGAUUUGGUUGAACUUGCCGCUGAACUCUCUCACGUUUUGCGGGAAAACUGUGACAACAACAACGGCGUCAUCGGGCUGUGUUGCGGCGAUGAUUUGCUCACACCUGUCUGGAUUCUGGGGAUCCUGCAGUCUGCUGCUGCUUAUGUCCCGCUGGACCCAGAAGCGCCAGGACUUCUGUCUGCCAGAGUCAUGACCCAGUGCGGCCUCAGAUACUGUGCUGUAAAGACUGACCUCCUCCAGCAAUUCCAGAUAGCUCUCAUCGAACACGUAACUGUGGAGGUGCGCGUGGAGUUGCCCAAGUUCAAACUGACCUUGCUCCAAAUCGAGCCGCCGCCAGCUACCGAUAACGAACGAGGAACCAAGCAGACCGGAGCUCAGAGAGGAGAGGAUGCUGAUGUCUGUGCUGACACAGCUGUGUUUGAAAAGUGCGCAGGGCGCAGAGACUUGGCGUAUGUGCUACACACAUCUGGGACCACAGGUCUUCCAAAGACUGUGAGGGUACCGCACAAGUGUAUUCUCCCCAACAUACUCCAUCUGAGGUCUUUGUUUCAGAUGAGAGAGGACGACGUGGUUUUCCUCGCUUCCCCUUUAACCUUCGACCCCUCUGUGGUGGAUAUUUUUCUAGCCUUGUCGUCCGGGGCUCGGCUCCUCAUUGCCCCCGCCGUCGUCAAGAAAAUGCCCAAUCGGCUGGCCCGGCUGUUGUUCAAGGAUCACCGGACAACCGUCCUGCAGGUCACACCCACUCUGCUGCUGCGCUUCGGCCAUCGCAUUCUACAGGAGGCCGUGCUGUCGUCCUCCUCCUCACUGCGUCUCCUGGCUCUGGGUGGAGAAGCCUGCCCGUCACCAGCUCUGCUGAGGAGCUGGAAGCACGAGGACAAUAAAACACACAUCUACAAUAUCUACGGCAUCACGGAGGUUUCCUGCUGGGCCUGCUGCUACAGGAUACCAGAGUCUCUGUUGCAGUCCACGAGCCCGCUUUGCAGCACGGUGUCCUCCGUGCCCCUCGGGACUCCUCUGAUGGACACCGUAGUGGAAGUCCGAGACGAACGUGGUUGCGCCAUUACGGAGGGUGAAGGACAGGUGUUCAUAGGGGGAGAGGACAGGGUGUGUCUCCUGGACGAUGAGGACGCUGUCACCCCCGGGACGAUGAGAGCGACUGGAGACUGGGUGAAUGUUGAAGACGAGCAGCUGUACUACCUGGGACGGAGAGACAGAGUGAUUAAACGUCACGGAAAGCGAGUGAACCUGGACGCCUUGCAGCAACUCGUGCUGAGUCUGCCUGAGGUGGAGGGCUGCGCUGUGGGUCUGCACGAAGGCCUCCGACUUCUCGCCUUCGUCGUGGCCUCCCCUCCUGGAGGCCACAUUGCGGAUUCUGCCUCCUCAUCAGCGCGGGUGCGAGAGGCCUUACCUUCUUCUGUUAAGCCGCGCCCGGAGGAGACGGCCGGAGCGGAGGGAGACCUGAAGGGGCUCAUUCUGAGGCGUCUGUCCGUGCUCCUGCCCUCUCACAGCGUUCCCGACACGCUGGUGCUCGUUCCGGCUUUAUGCCUGACUCCUCACGGCAAAGUAGACAUGGAGGCGCUCAUGAGAACGUAUGAAAGACAGAGGCGGUGUUUGAAGUCGUCACAGGCAGAUGAGAAGAAACUCAAGCAAACUCUUAAGGCUCUGUGGCAGGAAGCUUUAGGCAUCGCUGGAGAUGCGACCAUCGAUGAGGAAUCCAACUUCCUGUUCAGUGGAGGAGAUUCUCUGAAGGCGCUGACUCUCACUGAAGAUGUCCUCACCGCUGUGGGAGGGAGCUCAGCGGAGCUUUUGGAGAUCAUACUCGAUGGGACCUUCUCCGAUGUCCUGCGCCACAUCACCAGAGCAACGUCGAUGCUGCCGCCCGAAAACAGGCCCUCGUCGCCGCCCGAAGCAAAGAGACGACACCCCGGGUCUCCCUCUGAGGUUCCCCCGAAGAGAGAGCGAAAACGCUCCGGAUCAGCCGAAGGGCCGCAGGCGGAGAGGCGGCCUGUUAGGGUUAUAAGAAGAGCUGGUCACGUGUUAGAGAUGAACAUCAGGGAAACAGAGAAUAGCAAAAACUUGGAGGUUAGCCAACAGAACGACUGCAGCAGAGUCAACGUUAACGUGGGCCUCAGUCUGAGCUGGUCCUCAGAUACAGGCAGGUGCGUGGACGCGUCCCCGGUGCUUCUAGUCCAGGGCAGAACAGAUCAGAGGUCGGACGCGAGCAGAGCCACGGUGUUCAUCGGCUCCCACUCCCACAGGAUCCAGGCUUUAGACCUGCUCACCGGGAGCCUCCGGUGGGAGCGAGUCCUCGGGGACAGGCUCGAGGCCUCGGCUGCCGUGUCCCGCUGCGGUUCUCUCGUCGUCGUAGGUUGUUACGACGGCCGCGUGUAUUUCUUGUGCGCUGAAUCUGGUGAGACACGGUGGACGUUUGAGACCGGAGACGCCGUGAAGAGCUGUCCUGCUGUGGAUCCCCUCAGUGGACUGAUGGUGGUGGGCUCCCAUGAUGGACACGUUUACGCCCUGGACCCACAGAUUCAACAGUGUAUCUGGAAGCGUCACUGCGGCGGCGGAGCUGUGUUCUCCUCUCCACACCUUGACCCGUCCCUCAGACGGCUGUACGUGGCCACGCUGGGAGGACGCCUGCUCUGUCUCAACCUUGACAGCGGAGACGUGUUGUGGUCUUACCGCAGGGACGUGCCUUUCUUCUCGUCCCCAAACUGCUCGUCUGAUCGCGUCGUGAUCGGCUCAGUGGACGGAAACAUCUGCUGCUUCAGCGACACGGGGGAGCUGCUGUGGGAGUUUUUAACAAAGGGGCCCGUCUUCUCGUCUCCGUGCGUCGCACAGCAGAGGCUGCUGUGCGGCUCGCACGACGGCCACCUGUACUGCCUGAACUGUGCAGACGGGUCUGUAGUUUGGACUUUUCACACCACGGGGAAGGUGUACGCCGCCCCGUGCGUGUUCGACGGGUCCGCCGUGGGCUGGAGGGGGGCACUGGUGGCCCUGGCCUCCACGGACGGCGCAGUCUGGAUCCUGGACGGGCAAGACGGACGAAAGGUGGCCUCGCACUCCCUGCCCGGGGAGCUGUUCUCGUCCCCAGUGGUCUGGGAGCGGUCUCUGGUAGUCGGGUGUCGCAAUGACUAUGUGUACUGUUUACAGCUCACCGUCCAAGAGGAAACGUAGAAGGAUUUUUUAAUGCAUUUUAUAAUAAACACUGUUUCUGUGUCAGAGCAGGGAGUGUGCUUUGGGAAAUUGGGUUUUAAUUAAGGUUUAAGAAGUAGAACAGGGAAAUAAUGAGCUCACAGUCCCGUGGUUCAGACAUCAGUAUUUAAUUUACAUUAUUCAUAACAUUUUGUUUCUCUUUAAGAAUUUUCUCAUGAAUAUCUCUAAGUGGGACAAAAAAGUGCAAAUGAUACCAAACAUUUUUUUUUUUUGUUACAUAUAACACUGCGUACACUACACUAUUGUGCACGACCAAAGUUAGAAACAAAAUGACAAAGUGACUCAGCCUCUUUCUGACCGAAGCUCAGAAACGCCUUUGACUUACAUACAGUACAUACUUACAUACAUACAGGUCAUUACGUGAGUGGCAGGAAAUUAGAAUGUUUUUUUUUUUUGUUUUUUUCUUUUAGUUUUUUUUUCAUAGUGGAAAUGCUUACUGUAUGUAAGAUCAUAUCACAUUUAAGAGGAAGUGAUGUCCUACAAACACAAGUGGAGGACGAGAAUCGUAGGUAACAGCAAGCAAGUGUUGCAUCUGCCUCCAUAAGCAAAGCAAAGUAUUCAGGUCAUCACUCCGCUGUGAGGGUGAUGUGCAGCUCACCGUAAAUGCCCGGUAACACUUGUGGUCUUCAGUGCUGUGUUUAGGUGCACCCACCGUGUGUGACGAUGACAGAUUCUGUUAUUUUCUAAUGGCAAAAUUGUCCAAUAGCUUCUUGGGCAGCUAUCACAGUCAUCACGGACACAGUGAGUAUUGUUAUGUUAAGGUUUCCAGUAUGAGUUUAAAAAAAAAAAAAAAACAAA